CGCACGUUUCGCGAAUACGCGUAACUCGACACACCUUGGUGGAAGUGCCUUCGGAUGGGAAACGUAGAUAGCAUCAGUAUACAGGAGUAGUGUUUAGGCAGCUUCUAGAAAAAACAACGGCAAAAUCAGCAUCCGAGAAACAACAAGUAUUCUCGCCAUGCAAUCUCUCUCACCCCACGUCAUUCGCAAAUUGGGCUGUAGCCCAGUCCGCAAAUAAUCUUGUGAUAAACCGCCGAGGAGCAGAGAGCUAUUCCUCUCCUUCAACAACCACAAAAAUCCAGCAGCAUCAAGUCACGUAGCAUCACGUCAGCAACCUCACAUACGCAUAGUCUUUGAUCAGUUGCCGUCGCUAUAACCAUACACCUACCGCCAAGAUGAUGAAUUGGGCGAAACAACAGCUGGCCAACGUCGCCGGCACCCAGGAGCCCAUCUAUGGACCCUCGGCCAUCCAGCCCGUCAGCGAGCAGGCAAAAACCACACCCUACACGGAACUCACCAGAAACGACAUGAAGUGGAUCACUAUCGAUUCGACCUGCGUUGAGACUCAGACCUGGUACUUCAUGACUGACAGUGGUCACAUCUGCAUGGUCCAGGUCAUCUAUAGCAACGUUGCCGGAAUCAAAAUCACCACCCAGUUCAACACAAAGAUCUUCUACAGCGACGGCAAGACUCCCAACCUGUGGUCGUCCGACGCUCUUGAGAACCACAGCUUCGACGAAGGCAAAUUCAACUUCCGCGCAAAGGGAUGCUCGACCGAGCUGAACGAGGAGGGCAACAGCUACCACAUCAAGUCAAACACAAACAAGCAGAGCAUCGUCGACCUCACCUUUACCCAGACCGCUCCCGGUUUCGUCGUCGGCAACAACGGUACGUCGAACUUCGGUACCGACCCUAAGAAGCCCUGGGGUUCAAUGAGACACGCCUUCUGGCCUCGUUGCCAGGUCGAGGGUAACAUCAUCACUCCUGCUGGUCCUCUUGACGUCAAGGGUAGAGGUUUCUUCGUCCACGCUCUCCAGGGCAUGAAGCCCCACCACGCUGCUGCCAAGUGGAACUUCGUCAACUACCAAUCCCCCUCAUACUCCGCCGUCAUGAUGGAGUACACCACCCCUCCCUCAUACGGUUCAACUGUCGUCAACGUCGGUGGCAUCGCCACCGAUGGCAAGAUCCUCUGCGCAGGUUCCUCAAAUAGCGCAGCCCACAGCGAGAUCAAGGGCGACCCCGAGAACAACUGGCCUGAACCUGGUGCCGUUUCCUUCUCAUGGAACGGCACUGACGCCAACGGUCAGGCUGUCGUGGCUCUUGUCGAGGGUUCUCUCGGUGAGAGACUCGACCGUGUCGACGUCAUGGCUGAGGUUCCCAAGUUCGUCAAGCAGAUUGUCGCUGGAGCCGCCGGUACCAAGCCCUACAUCUACCAAUACGGUCCCAAGCUUCCCAUCAAGAUCAAGAUUGGUGGUGAAGAGAAGACCGAGGAGGGUUCCCUCUUCACCGAGGCCACCUUCAUUUCAUGAUUCUGAAUGCUUGCAUGUAUCGAUUACCAAUUGCCAAAGGGGGUUUUUCUAGGAUGGUCCGGGAGUAUAUUCUCGUUGG